ACGACCCUUUUGGAACAAACUAUGCUUUAAAAUGUAAACUGGAGGGGCAUUUUCCUUGCGUUGUCCAGAAAGAACUUUCUGCUGCCUGAGCCUGGAUUAAUCAUGAGAGAGCUUGUCAACAUUCCACUGGUACAUAUUCUUACUUUGGUUGCCUUCAGCGGGACUGAGAAACUUCCAAAAGCCCCUGUCAUCACCACUCCUCUUGAGACAGUGGAUGCCUUAGUUGAAGAAGUGGCUACUUUCAUGUGUGCAGUGGAAUCCUAUCCUCAGCCUGAAAUUUCCUGGACCAGAAAUAAAAUUCUCAUUAAGCUCUUUGACACCCGGUACAGUAUUCGGGAGAACGGUCAGCUCCUCACCAUCCUGAGCGUGGAAGAUAGCGAUGACGGCAUUUACUGCUGCAUAGCCAACAAUGGCGUGGGAGGAGCUGCCGAGAGUUGUGGAGCUCUGCAAGUGAAGAUGAAACCUAAAAUAACUCGCCCUCCCAUAAACGUAAAAAUAAUAGAAGGAUUAAAGGCAGUUCUACCAUGUACUACAAUGGGCAAUCCCAAACCAUCAGUGUCAUGGAUCAAGGGGGACAGUGCUCUCAGGGAAAACUCCCGCACUGCGGUUCUUGAAUCCGGGAGUUUAAGGAUUCAUAAUGUGCAAAAGGAAGAUGCCGGAAAUUAUCGAUGUGUGGCAAAAAACAGCCUCGGGACGGCAUAUUCCAAGUUGGCGAAGCUGGAAGUUGAGGCUCUUAAUAUGACAAAUGCCACAGAGAGAGAAGAGAGUGAACCUGAGCAAGAUACUAAAGUUUUUGCCAGAAUCCUGCGGCCUCCUGAAUCCCACAAUGUCACCUUUGGCUCCUUUGUGACCCUGCGCUGUAUAGCAACAGGCAUCCCUGUCCCCACCAUCACCUGGAUUGAAAAUGGAAACGCUGUUUCUUCUGGGUCCAUUCAAGAAAGUGUGAAAGACCGAGUAAUUGACUCAAGACUGCAGCUGUUUAUCACCAAGCCAGGACUCUACACAUGCAUAGCUACUAAUAAGCAUGGAGACAAAUUCAGUACUGCAAAGGCUGCAGCCACCAUCAGUAUAGCAGAAUGGAGUAAACCACAGAAAGAUAACAAAGGCUACUGCGCCCAGUACAGAGGGGAGGUGUGUAAUGCUGUCCUGGCAAAAGAUGCUCUUGUUUUCUUCAACAACUCCUACGCAGACCCUGAGGAGGCCCAAGAACUACUGGUCCACACUGCCUGGAAUGAACUGAAAGCAGUGAGCCCAUUCUGCCGGCCGGCUGCUGAAGCUUUACUGUGUAACCACAUCUUCCAAGAAUGUAACCCUGGGGUGGCACCUACUCCUACACCCAUUUGCAGAGAAUACUGCCUGGCAGUAAAGGAGCUCUUCUGUGCACAAGAAUGGCUAGCGGUGGAAGAAGAGACCCCCAGGGGACUCCACAGAUCUGGGAUACAUCUGCUCUCCAUGCCGGACUGCAACAAACUCCCCAGCAUGCACUGGGACCCCAUGGCCUGUACCAGACUGCCAUAUUUAGAUUAUAAAAAAGAAAACCUAACAACAUUCCCACCAAUGAUGUCCUCAAAGCCGAGUGUGGACAUUCCAAAUGUGCCUUCCUCCUCCUCAUCCUCCUUCUCUGUCUCACCUACAUACUCCAUGACUGUAAUAAUCUCCAUCAUGUCCAGCUUUGCCAUAUUCGUGCUUCUUACCAUAACCACUCUUUAUUGCUGCCGAAGACGAAAACAAUGGAAAAAUAAGAAAAGAGAAUCAGCGGCUGUAACCCUCACUACUCUUCCUUCUGAGCUCUUGCUAGACAGACUUCAUCCCAACCCCAUGUACCAGAGGAUGCCACUUCUUUUGAAUCCCAAAUUGCUCAGCCUGGAGUAUCCCAGGAAUAACAUUGAAUAUGUGAGAGAUAUCGGAGAGGGAGCAUUUGGAAGGGUCUUUCAAGCAAGGGCUCCAGGCUUACUUCCCUAUGAACCUUUCACAAUGGUGGCAGUGAAGAUGCUCAAAGAAGAAGCCUCAGCAGAUAUGCAAGCAGACUUUCAGAGGGAGGCAGCCCUCAUGGCAGAAUUUGACAAUCCUAACAUUGUGAAACUCUUAGGCGUGUGUGCGGUGGGGAAGCCGCUGUGUCUGCUCUUUGAAUACAUGGCCUACGGGGACCUCAAUGAGUUCCUCCGCAGCAUGUCUCCUCACCCCGGACGCAGCCUCAGUCCCAGCGACCUGACCCGCGGGGCGCAGGCCUCCAGCCCCUGCCCGCCGCCCCUUUCCUGUGCCGAGCAGCUGUGCAUCGCCAGGCAGGUGGCCGCCGGCAUGGCCUACCUCUCCGAACGCAAGUUUGUCCACCGGGAUUUGGCCACCAGGAACUGCCUUGUGGGUGAGAACAUGGUGGUGAAAAUCGCCGACUUUGGCCUCUCUAGAAACAUCUACUCAGCUGACUACUACAAAGCCAACGAAAACGACGCCAUCCCCAUCCGUUGGAUGCCCCCGGAGUCCAUCUUCUACAACCGCUAUACCACGGAGUCUGAUGUGUGGGCCUACGGGGUGGUCCUGUGGGAGAUCUUCUCCUACGGCCUGCAGCCCUACUACGGGAUGGCCCACGAGGAGGUCAUCUACUACGUGCGAGACGGCAACGUCCUCUCCUGCCCAGAGAACUGCCCCCUGGAACUGUACAAUCUGAUGCGUCUGUGUUGGAGCGAGCUGCCUGCAGACAGGCCCAGUUUCACCAGCAUCCACCGAAUCCUGGAACGCAUGUGCGAGCGGGCAGAGGGGAGUGUGGGUGUCUGAGAUCGAAGAUGGGCAGGUAGAACUCUACAGUCUCCUCUCGGACUCUAGGAGCCAGGGGAGUCCAACACCAGAGGCCCAAGGAGACCCAGAUAGGAAAUAA